CUGAUUUGUAGGUAGGUCACAAACUUUUCAGCUGUUACUUCAGUUCGAAUCUCCCUAAAAACCCUCCAGCUGGUAGCGCGUGCACAAGCUGUAUGACGGAAAGCAGAUGGAUCCGCAUGAACUCCGCCGCUAGUACACGAUCAGUGCCGCUGUUUCAGGAGCGCAACGGGAACAUCUGUCCAUCCAACCGGAAUGGCCGCAUUAAGCAGUGUUAACCUGAAGACUUUGGAGGAUUUGACUUUAGAUUCGGGAUACGGUGCGGGAGACUCGUACCGCUCCCUCAGCCUCUCAUCCUCCAAGUCCAACUCUCAGCUCACCUCCGCUGCUUACCGGGCAACCCGGUGCCGCCGCUCCGCCUCCACCAACAGCCGCAACGACAGCUGGGACUCCGUGAACACAGUACCGGAAGACCCGGAGGACAUCAUCUCGAGAUGCCCGCGAUUGCCAGACCUCGAAGAAUUCCCCUGGACGGAUGACGCGGUGGACCGCGUGCUGCGUAAAGUCUGUGGAGAGCGCGAGCCGUCGCCUUUUCCGCGCGAGCUCGUCCGCGCUGUAUCCACGCUGCUGCGCCGGCCGCUGUUGCGCGUGGCGCGCGAGGCGCAGAGGCUGAGCGUGCUGCGCUGCAGGUGCACGCGCUACGAAGUGCAGAGCGCCGCGCGGCUCGUGCUCAGCUGGCCGCUCGCCGACGCGUGCGUCUCGGCUGCAGCGCGCGCCAUGUCCCUGUACAGCAUGAGCGCGGGAGAAGUGCUGCGCAGGAGCAAGUCCUCGCGCUGCGGCCUCAUCCUGUCCGUGGGUCGCUUCUUCCGCUGGAUGGUGGACACUCGGGUGUCGGUGCGCGUCCACGAGCACGCGGCCAUCUGCCUGGCCUCGUGCAUGGAGACUCUGAUGGAGGAGGUCGGUGCCAGGGUGCUGAGUGACGCGGGGAAACCCGGGGGCCCGGGGCCCGCAGACGCUCUGGAAGCAGCAGUGAACAGCGACCCCGAGCUCUACGGGCUCCUGCAGAGCUAUGAGCAUCUGAUCUGCGGGAAAAACGCCAACGGAGAGCUCUCUCUGCCAGCCCACUUCAGCCCAUACGCCGAGGGUCAUGGUCCAGGCUCAGAAAGCAGACAGGAACCAUGUGUUCAGAUGGAGGUGCGGACGCUGGAGCAGGCUUUGCUGGCCACCUGUGUGGGAAGCAUCUCCGAGCUCAGUGACCUCGUAUCCCGCGCCAUGCGCCACAUGCAACAUAUGCUCUCAAGGGGAUGCAUCCUCAGUCUUGGCCGUUCCAGCCACAAGCAGCAGCUCUCUUGGUCUCCCGAUGCUCUGCACACACUCUACUAUUUCCUGCGCAGUCCACAGAUGGAGUCGAUGGAGAAUCCAAAUUUAGAGCCACCCAGGAUGGCCCUGAGCAAAGAGAGGCCGUUCCCUUUACUCCCCCCUCUGAUGGAGUGGAUGCGGGUUGCGACGGUUCACGCUGAGCAUCGGCGGAGUCUCUUCGUGGACAGCGAUGAUGUGAGACAGACAGCCAGGCUGCUCCUGCCUGGACUGGACUGUGAACCCAGACAGCUUAAGCCAGAGUGCUGUUUCAGCUCUUUUAAGCGUUUGGAUUCAAAGUCUGCAUUAGACAAGUUCAACCUGGACCUGGGUUUCCGCAUGCUCAACUGCGGACGCACAGAUCUGAUCAGUCAGGCCAUCCAGCUGCUAGGUCCUGAUGGAGUCGAUUCGAUGGAUGAUCAGGGCAUGACUCCUUUGAUGUACGCCUGCUCAGCAGGAGAUGAAGCUUUGGUCCACAUGCUCAUUCACGCAGGCGCUAAUCUGGAUAUUGGGGUGCCUAGUUGCUCGCCCAAACAUCCAUCUGUUCACCCUGACAGUCGCCACUGGGUGGCGCUAACCUUUGCUGUACUGUAUGGACAUUUAUCAGUGGUACAGCUGCUUUUGGAUAUGGGGGCUGACGUGGAGGGCCGUGCUCAUAAGAGCGGGCACCAGGGCUCAGCGGAGACACCGCUCCAACUGGCGUCUGCUGCAGGGAACUACGAGAUGGUCAGCCUGCUCUUGUCCCGUGGCGCUGACCCCAUGUUUCGAGUGCACAGUGGGAGCUCUAUGACAUCACUGUACGAGGAUAUGAACUGCUUCAGUCAAGCUGCAGCACAUGGACACAGGAACGUGCUGAGGAAGUUACUGAGCCAGCCCCAGCGGCUGCAGGAGGAUGUGCUUUCUCUGGAGGAGAUUCUGGCUGAAGGUGUGGAAGAGGUCCAGAGGCCAGAGCAUCGCUCUAUAUCCCCGCUCAGUGCAGGGGUAGCCCCACCUCUAACCAAGGCCCGAAUCCGAGCCCUGCAGGAGGCCAGCCUUCACAGCGCAGAGCACAGCUACCUGGAUGUCACCAUGGAGCUCCGAGCACUCGGUGUACCAUGGAGGUUACACAUGUGGCUGGAGUCUCUCCACAGCGCACAGCUUCAGUCCAGAACGGAGUUAACUCUCUCCCUCCUGAAUGACUUCAGCUCUCUUUGGGAGGAGAAACACUGUGACGAGCUCAUCUCUGAUGGCCUUCCCCUGCUCUUCUCCAUCAUCACAACCACCAAGAAUAAAGAGAUCCGUGAGAAGCUGGGAUUGGUGUUCAGUCAUUGCUUCGGCUCGGCUCCUCUGCCUCCGAUUCCAGAACUGAGGAACACAUCAGCAGCUCAGCUUGACAUCCAUUUCCUGAAUAACGCCGAGAUGUCAGAUGUGAUGUUCCUGGUGGAAGGCAGGCCGUUCUACGCACACCGAGUGCUCCUCAUGUCCGCAUCACAGAGGUUCAAAGAUUUGCUCAGCAGUAAUGAAUCAAAUGGCACGGAUCAGAUCAUUGAGAUCACGGACAUCAAGCACAGCACUUUUCAGAUGCUGAUGUCUCACCUGUAUGGUGGAGGAGCAGAGAACUCUGAUUCAGCCGUCUCUGAUACGCUAGAGCUCCUGCCAGUGGCCGACUCGUUCCAGCUCGGUGCUCUGAAGAGGGCAUGUGAGAGACACUGUGCUGAGCAGAUGACCGUCCAAAAUGCCGUGUCCAUCUACCGUGCAGCUGUGGCGAGUAAUGCAGCCGAGCUGGCUACCUUCUGCCAAAGCUUCUUCGUGCAGAAUAUGCCCAUCCUGCUGCAGAGACGAGACUUUGAAGAGCUGCUGCUGGGACCCAAGAGCACUGAAACUCUGGGGGACCUGCAGGAAGCGCUUAUCUCCAGGCUUCACUCUGUCUCCGGCUCAGGAACAGUGUGAAGGGAAAGGGAUAAUCUAACAGCUCUGGAAUAUGGACAGCCAAGCAGUGUGAGCUGAAAGAUCAUACCUCUCACUGCCGGCUGGAGCUGAAUCUAUCAACCUUAAACUCGCGCGUAUACGUAUAGAUAUUAGACGUUGAACAUUUGAAAUCUGGCUGUUCAAGCACUACACGACCGAGUAUUAAGUCACUGUAAAUUACUAUAUGGGUAAGUUUUUAAUUUAUGCAACUGAAUACUUUUUUUCUGUUCAAUGAACAGAAAAACAAUAGCCAUACAAUAGUGACAUCUAGUGGACAAAAUGUGAAUCAAAUAUUUGUUGAAAAUACAGGGUGUCCGAAAAGUCUCAAACCAAUUCGAGAAAAAUGACAUUUACUUAAUUAUGUAUAUAUUAUUUACAGCACACAUGAUGCAUGUUCACUUUUACACUCUACGCUUUGUCUCAAGAUGUUCCGUUGGUUCCUGACUUUUCAGAAGCUCUGUAAUAUCACCUGUGCAUAGUUUUGUAUCCAUAACUUUUUUAUACUGUAAAUAUAUGUAUUGUGUAUUACGCAAGUGGUACGCUGGUACUUAGGGACCAUCUGUAAAGACUAAUUUAUUGCACAUAUAGUUUUUCUGUACGCCUAAUUUUUUAUUAUUUCUAACAUAUUACAAAUAGAUUAGCAGUGGUACAGUCUUGGGUGAGUUCUAGUACCUUCUUUGGUUUGUCCCUAUGGGAGUUUUAUGUAGAACGUGCCACCAGAGGCUUUCUCUUUCAGAAAAGGGUCCAAGCUGGGUCCGUUUAGAAACGCUCGAACCAUUCAGCAUCGAAAGAACUCACGAGGAACUUUUUGUGUAUUGUCCAGCAUUUAACUGCUUCAUGCGUCUUUUUUUUUUUUUCAUAUAUUAAAUCUUCUUGUGCUGUAAUUACAGUGACACAAUUAGAAAAUAGUGAAUAUUUCAGCAAGAGGGAUUGUAAAUCUAGGGGUUUAAAGGGUUACAUUUCUGAACUAUGACCAGAAGGGUAUUGGCUUCAGUCCCAGGACUGCCACUCUUAGGCUUAUCUUCC